AUGUCAACCGACAACGACUUCCAGCUAUUCACCUCUUUGCGAUAUGAUCCAAUCCUUGUAACUUCGUUAGAAAACUCGAGACCGGCCCUGAGCAUAGUCAGUCCCUCACCUUUCUACAUGUUGGCGUAUCAUCAAGAUCGCAUGCUGGAAGCAGCGCAGCACUUUGAGUUUUCCAAAGUAGAAAAGAGAUUGGAAGAUGGAAAAUCGUUACACGAAGACCUUUUGAAACGAGUCACGGAUCAUAUUGAACAGGGCGGGAAAGACGAGCCGCUAAAGCUACGCAUUCUCUUCGACAAAGCCGCAAACCUAACAGUCGAGCUAACGCCCAUCCCUCCUGUCCCGCUCUCAACUCUCUACCCUUCCUCCUUCGACAUUGCCUCCCCAUCCCAAUCUCACCCUGCCAAUUCCUUCACCCCCUCACCCCUAACUGGCGGCGCUCUAGCCCUCGGCCCAACCGACUCCCUCCCUACCAACCCAUCCACCCCACCCUCACCCCCCGAAUGGAAACUAAAACUCGACACCCACCCCACCCCCUCCUCCCCCUUCACCCUCCUCAAAACAACCCACCGCGCCAUGUACGACGCCUCCCGCUCCCGCGCCCUCCCCUCGGAACCCGCAGACUCCGUAUACAGAGAAGUCAUGCUCUACAACGAAGUCCGCGAACUCACCGAAGGCACCCUAACCAGCCUCUACCUCUUCCGUGGCGGCCGAUGGGUCACCCCACCCGUCGGCGUCCCGUCUGAUGAAUUCUCCGGCUCCACGCUCACGAACGACAAUGCGGAUGAGGGUGAGCUGCGGAAGCCGUUUGCAGGGCGUUGGGGCCACUCUGUGCGUAGUGCCAAGGUUGGAGCUGGGGGGCAGCGUGGGACGAGUAGGCGGUGGGCGCUUGGGAGGGGCUUUUGUAUGGAGGAGCCGAUUGGGAUUGAGACUGUUGGGGUUGGGGAGAGGGUUUGGCCCUUGGUCAAGGACGAAUUCAUAUUGAUGUUCCGAAGCCGCAAGAACAAAAACAAGGUACAGAAAUAG